AUGAUAAAGAUGUUCUCCGCCCUUUCUGCCACUCAGCAUCACUUUCAAUCAACACUCUCACUAUCAUCAAGACCAUCAACACUUCAGUUAUGUCGAACAAGCCCAAGUCCGAUAUCAAAAAUACUACUGCUGCAGCGAAGGAUGCCGGCUUUGACAACUUCCCUGCAUUCCUCCUAUCUUACGGACUACGAAUCUACAAUCACGAUGACGUCGAGGAAGGAAAGGCGAUUCUGCGAGCUAUGGGUUAUGGGGUGUGAGGGAGUCAUUAGAUAG